UCAUUAGGUUAACUGAUUGAUACAAACACUUUUCCUCUGUUUUCUUUCUCUGCGUCCACAUUAUUCACCAUUGUUUCUCUAUGUUCUUGCGUAGUUUCAUUUGUCUUGUCUGAAAAUCAAAGAAAGCAUCCUUGCUCUUCCUCUAUAUCUUAGCAAACAAAACACCCACUUGUUCAUUUCACUUCAUUCUACUUCCUUGUUUGUUUGACAACCGCAAUAUCAAGUGCCAUCACAACAGGAGACGGAAGAAUGAAGAAAAUGAGGGACGAAAGAAUGAAGAAAAUGAAGUAUGUGUUGGUGACAGGAGGAGUUGUGAGUGGACUGGGUAAAGGAGUGACUGCUAGUAGUAUUGGUGUGCUUCUUAAGGCUUGUGGUCUUCGUGUCACCUCCAUGAAAAUAGAUCCUUAUUUGAACACUGAUGCUGGAACCAUGUCCCCUUUCGAGCACGGUGAAGUGUUCGUCUUAGAUGAUGGUGGCGAGGUGGACCUGGAUCUUGGAAACUAUGAGAGGUUCAUGGAUAUCAAGCUGACCCGUGACAACAACAUCACCACUGGAAAGAUUUACCAGUCUGUUAUUGACAAGGAGAGAAGAGGAGAUUAUUUGGGAAAAACUGUGCAGGUUGUCCCUCACAUCACUGACGCAAUUCAAGACUGGAUAGAGAGAGUAGCGCAGGUACCGGUGGACGGAAAGUCAGGUCCAGCUGAUGUGUGUAUUAUUGAACUGGGAGGGACAAUAGGUGAUUUUUCUUUGGAUGCAGGAGACAUUGAAUCCAUGCCAUUCAUUGAGGCUCUAAGUCAAUUCUCAUGCCGUGUUGGGAGUGGUAACUUUUGCUUGAUCCAUGUCAGUCUUGUUCCUGUUUUGAAUGUUGUUGGUGAACAGAAAACAAAACCAACACAACACAGUGUCCGGGGACUGAGAGGAUUGGGUUUGACACCAGAUAUUUUAGCUUGUCGCAGCACAACGGUACUUGAUGAGACUGUGAAGGAGAAGCUCUCUCAGUUUUGUCAUGUUCCGGUAGAAAACGUUGUCACUCUUUAUGAUGUUCCAAAUAUCUGGCACAUACCUUUGCUUUUAAGAGAUCAGAAAGCUCAUGAAUCAAUCUUGACAAAGUUGAACCUUUUAAGUGUGGCUCAGGAGCCUAAUUUAGAUGAAUGGACUUCAAGGGCUGAAAUCUGUGACAUGUUAUCAGAUCAGCCAGUUCGAAUUGCCUUGGUUGGAAAGUAUACAGGCCUUCCAGAUGCCUAUCUUUCUAUAGUGAAGGCUCUUUUGCAUGCUGCUGUAGCUCGGCGCAAGAAACUUAUUGUGGAUUGGGUUCCGGCAACUGACCUUGAAGAUACAACUGCAAAAGAGAAUCCGGAUGCUUAUAAGACUGCAUGGAACACUUUGAAGGGUGCGGAUGGCAUUCUUGUUCCUGGAGGGUUUGGUGACAGAGGUGUGCAAGGGAAAAUUCUUGCAGCAAAGUACGCUCGAGAAAACAGAAUUCCAUACCUCGGGAUUUGUCUGGGAAUGCAGAUCGCUGUGAUCGAGAUUGCACGAUCAGUCCUUGGCCUGCGUGAUGCAAACAGCACUGAAUUUGAUCCUGACACCAAGAAUCCUUGUUGCAUAUUCAUGCCUGAGGGCUCAAAAACCCAUAUGGGGGGCACAAUGCGACUGGGAUCAAGGAGGACAUAUUUCCAAGUCAAGGAUUGCAUAGCUUCAAAAUUAUAUGGUAACAGAAGCUUCAUCAAUGAGAGGCACCGGCAUAGAUAUGAAGUAAAUCCCGAUAUGGUAGCGCGACUUGAACAUGCUGGGCUUUCUUUCACUGGCAAGGAUGAAACCGGACAGCGUAUGGAGAUUGUGGAGCUACUUAAUCAUCCCUACUUCCUUGGAGUUCAAUUCCAUCCUGAAUAUAAAUCAAGACCAGGAAAACCUUCUGCUUUAUUCCUAGGGCUUAUAGCAGCAGCAUGUGGAGAAUUAGAAUCUCUCUUACAAGUAUGUCACAUCAAAGAGAACGGGACGAUCCCAAUGAAGGUUCAACAUGUUUACCAAAAUGGAUAUGAUACUAAGCUGGCAGCCAUGUCAUCAUCAGAGUGUGGUCAAAUAUAUAGCAGCUGCAACUGCUACCACAAUGGCAAUGGCAACGGCAACGGUGUGCUCCUUUGAGGGUUGUUGCUUAAUGAAUAAGGUGUUGUUAUAAGUGGUAAUGGUUCUGCUAGGGCGGCUUAGGGUUUUUUUCUGGUAUUUUAGGAGCAAAGUUUGCUGUGUAUAGCCAAUUUGGAAAAUGGAGUAGCUGCAGAGUUGAUAGAAAGAGAGCUGGAUCCCCAGUCUUUUUUAAAGGGGAUAGCUUGUUCUGCUCAUAGUUGUAUUUUACAGUUCCAAAUCUUUCUUGGGCUAGGGCUGUGUGCUUUUACAGUUUGUAUUGUCUUCCCAAACUCUAUUUUAUUUGAAUGGACGUUUUGAAGAGGUUGUAAAACAUAUUAUGAAAACUAAAACAUAUAUACUCUUGAAGCAAA